AUUAAGGAGUACGAAAAGCUGGACUCGGAGGACGAACGCCUCAGCAGGAGUCGGCAGAUCUACGACUCGUAUGUCAUGAAGGAGCUGCUGUCUUGCUCACACCCUUUCUCGAAGCAAACUGUGGAUCACGUGCAAGCGCACCUCGCCAAGAAGCAAGUCCCGCCAAACCUUUUCCAGCCCUACAUAGAGGAAAUUUGUCAGAGCCUCCGAGGGAGCACUUUCCAGACAUUUCUGGAGAGUGAUAAGUUUACUCGGUUUUGUCAGUGGAAGAAUGUGGAACUGAAUAUUCAUCUGACCAUGAAUGACUUCAGCGUGCAUCGGAUCAUUGGCCGCGGAGGCUUUGGAGAAGUGUAUGGCUGCCGGAAAGCAGACACGGGGAAAAUGUAUGCAAUGAAGUGUUUAGAUAAGAAGAGGAUAAAGAUGAAGCAGGGAGAAACGCUGGCCUUGAAUGAAAGGAUCAUGCUGUCCCUUGUCAGCACUGGCGACUGUCCUUUCAUAGUGUGCAUGACUUACGCCUUCCACACCCCGGACAAGCUGUGCUUCAUUCUGGACUUGAUGAAUGGCGGUGAUCUGCAUUACCAUCUCUCACAGCACGGGGUGUUUUCGGAGAAGGAGAUGCGUUUUUAUGCUGCUGAGAUCAUCCUCGGCCUGGAGCACAUGCACAACCGCUUUGUGGUCUACAGAGAUUUGAAGCCGGCAAAUAUCCUCUUGGAUGAGCAUGGCCAUGUGAGGAUAUCUGACCUGGGCCUGGCCUGUGAUUUCUCCAAGAAAAAGCCUCAUGCCAGCGUGGGCACCCAUGGGUACAUGGCCCCUGAGGUGCUGCAGAAAGGGACGGCCUAUGACAGCAGCGCUGACUGGUUCUCCUUGGGCUGUAUGCUGUUCAAGCUUCUCCGAGGGCACAGCCCUUUCAGACAGCACAAAACCAAAGACAAGCACGAGAUCGACCGCAUGACACUGACUGUGAAUGUGGAGUUGCCAGAUUCAUUUUCUCCGGAGCUGAAGUCCCUUCUGGAAGGCCUCCUGCAGCGAGAGGUUGGCGCACGCCUCGGCUGUCAGGGUGGCAGUGCACAAGAAGUGAAGCAGCAUUCUUUUUUCAAAGGGGUGGACUGGCAACAUGUCUAUUUGCAAAAGUACACGCCCCCCUUGAUUCCUCCCCGAGGAGAAGUGAACGCGGCCGACGCUUUUGACAUUGGCUCAUUCGAUGAAGAAGACACCAAAGGCAUCAAGUUGCUGGAUAGCGACCAAGAACUGUACAAAAACUUCCCCCUGGUUAUCUCGGAGCGCUGGCAGCAAGAGGUGGCAGAGACCGUUUACGACGCUGUGAAUGCCGACACGGACAAGACCGAAGCCAGGAAGCGAGCGAAGAACAAGCAGCUGGGGCACGAGGAAGAUUAUGCUCUGGGGAAGGACUGCAUUGUGCAUGGCUACAUGCUGAAGCUGGGGAACCCCUUCUUGACGCAGUGGCAACGGCGCUAUUUUUACCUCUUCCCAAACCGGCUGGAAUGGCGAGGAGAAGGCGAGUCGCGGCAAAAUCUGCUGACGAUGGAGCAGAUCCUGUCGGUGGAAGAGGCCCACAUCAAGGACAAGAAGUGCAUCUUGCUCAGGAUUAAAGGAGGGAAGCAGUUUGUGCUGCAGUGCGAGAGUGACCCCGAGUUUGUACAGUGGAAGAAGGAGCUGACAGAGGCCUUCACGGAAGCUCAGAGGCUGCUACGUCGAGCGCCAAAGUUUCUGAAUAAAUCUCGUUCCGCGGUGGUGGAGCUGUCUAAGCCGCCUCUGAGCCACAGGAACAGCAAUGGCCUUUAGGACCCAGGCGAAAAAAGAGACAGCAUUCGGAGUGCUCGCUUGGAUGCCUCUCGCUUUGUUCCUUCUGCAGUCUCUGAAGCAGGGUGCUCUAUGGCAGCAGAAGCAUUGGUGCUUUAGUGCACAGGCUGGUGCCAGGAAUCCACUUCCAGGAGUCACAGGCGGCUGAUCCGGUGGCCACAGAGUGGAUGGAUGGAGGGCAUUUUGCAUGCCCCCUGGCAGUUUUAUGCAAUGUGCACUCUUGCUAAAACUGCUGAAGGAAGGCGUUGCUGCUUUACAAUAAACCCGUUCAGGUGCGCACGCUUAGACCUGCCCGUGGAAACAGUGACCACUCGAUUUCAGACUGCAUUUUUACAUCUAGUAGGCAGUUGGCAGGACAGGAGAUUUUCAAGGCUGGCUGUCUCGGGCUGUCUCCAGCCUUCUCGGGGGGGGGGGGGGUCUUUUCAGACCCCUGGUUGUAUUCUGC